UCUCAGCCGGGGCAUCCUCAACCUCUGGAGAACUCUCGUCGACACGACCCGCGACCUCUUUUUUCUGGGCAUCAUUGUGGUUGUUAAAGAGCUUUCCGCCGUCGACUAGAUUCAGAACAGGUUCCUCUGGCAAUUUCUUGCUGUGUUUGGGUCAUUUAAGAGAUCGGUCACCUAAAGAAAUGGGGGGGCGUGUAAGAUGGGAUGAGGCUAACUUAGGAGAAAUUGAGAAAAAUAAACCUGUAAGGCAGAAAAUCACGGAGCCCAAGACACCAUACCAUCCCAUGAUUGACGAUGAUGGAUCCCUAUCUCCUGUACGGCAUUUUGAUGAAUGCCUUGAUAAUGCUGAGCAUGCUGAUGCCAUAAGGACUGCCUUGAAUGAUGUAGCUUCAUCAAGUAGAAAUAACUCUAUGAGGUCUGGGGGCUGGACAUCUUCUGAGGAUGAGGCAGACGCCAUGGAACAAGAUGAUGAAGACUCUGAAACAGAUAGAAGCGGUAUGAGUUUUCGGGAGCACAGAAGAGCACAUUAUGAUGAAUACCGGAAGGUGAAAGAACUGCAACGGGAGGGAUCUUUUCUACAUGACGAUGAUGAGGAUGGUAAUGGUAAGGUGGUGGAAGGGGCUCCAACGGUCAAUGGUGCAAGGGAAAUAGAAAUUGAUUCACCGGUCAAUGGGGCUUGAGAUGCUAACCAGCAA